CGAGCUUGACGUCUGCUCUGCCAAGAUCCUGCUCAGCUGCCAACGCAAGAUGACCACCUCCUCCUCAGUCCCGUUAAUUCUCCUCUCUCGACAGAGAGGUCAAGAACGCGACUGCAGGCAAGAACCAUCACUCUUUCACCAUCAAUAAGCACCAAACACCCUUCACGCGCCCAGCAUCAACAUGGCCAGCUCUUCGCCUUCGAAAAUACCGGCCCCAAAGCCAGCCGAAGCCAAAAUGCCCACCAUAGCAGCUCCAGAUACCGCCCAGCCUGAGCUCCAAGCUGGAGGAGGCACCCCCGCGAACACUAGCCCAGAUGCCAACGCAGUGGAAUACCUCUCUCCGGUCCUCACAAAGCAUAUGAAAGCUGUGUACGAAGAGUUGGAAAAGACGCAUUCAUUGGCUACGAAGGACGGAUUCCUCAAGUGGCUCGCUGAAUCACAGCAUGUUGUCCCUCAGGGUAUUGAGGUGUCUACAAACGGCUCCUCUUUCUCCCAAUUCGCCAAAUACCUGUCGUCGAGCGCUACCAAUGCUAUGGGCCCUGCCGCGAUAGUGGAUUGCUCGUACCCUAUAUCCAACUACUUCAUUUCCUCUAGUCACAAUACGUACUUGACUGGCAAUCAGCUGUCAAGUGAAGCGAGCGGGGAAGCAUACCAAAAUGUGCUUUUGCGAGGAUGUCGGUGCGUGGAGAUCGACGUCUGGGAUGGCGAAUCGCCUUCAAGCUCUAGUUCCGAAGACGAGUCCGCAAAAGGCCCCAAACCUAAGAAGAAAGAGAAGGUAGAGAAGGUUGAGCGGAAACUUAUGAAGAAGCUAGAACUGCGGUUUGGCAGGAAAUCGGAUCGCAGCCCUUCGAAAGGUGCGCAUGAUGCACAUCCUGUCUCGAAGGCCUCGCCCGAGGACAAAGUCACGCCAUGGAAGUCCACCUCGAGCUCGAUACGAGCGGAACCACGAGUCCUUCAUGGCUACACACUCACAAAAGAAACACCGUUUCGAGAUGUGUGCAAAUCUAUACGGGACUAUGCCUUUGUUGCUUCGGAUUUGCCUGUAAUCGUCAGUCUCGAGGUACACACCAGCCUCGAGCAGCAGGAGAUUAUGGUAGAAAUCAUGGAGGAAUACUGGAAAGGCAUGCUGGUUGAUCUUCCGAUCACAUCUUGUGAGAGCACGGAAGAGCUCGUCCUACCGCGCUUGGACCAACUUCGGAACAAAAUCUUGAUCAAAGUCAAAUACACAGCACCAAAGCCUCUGGAUGCUGAACCGCCUAAGCCAACGAACCUCCAAUUGGAAAAAUCGAAGUCGUCGAGUGCUCUCUCUUCAUCGUCAGCAUCAUCCUAUGAUGUGCCCGAGACAGUCGCCAAACCAGCUGCGCCAAAAGCAAAGAUUCUCGAAGCUUUGGGACGACUGGGCAUCUAUACUCGUAGCUAUCACUUCAAGAAUUUUGAUCAGCCAGAGGCGAAGAUUCCUACGCAUGUGUUCUCUUUGUCCGAGAAGACGCUGAUGGAGGUGCACGAGCAAACCCCCACCCAAUUGUUCGCCCACAACAAGAACUUUUUUAUGCGGGCAUAUCCCAAAGGCCUCCGCCUCAACUCAUCCAAUCUAGACCCAUCCAUUUUCUGGCGAACUGGUGUCCAGAUCGUGGCCUUGAACUGGCAGAAAUGGGACGCGGGAAUGAUGCUCAAUGAAGCCAUGUUCUCUGGAUACAAUGGCUGGGUGUUGAAGCCAGAAGGCUAUCGCAGUGCUAGCACGGCAGAAAACCAGGCAUUAGCAACGACCCACCACAACCUCGAUCUCACGAUUGAGUUCUUUGGCGGUCAGGAUAUCCCACUCCCACCCGAGGAGCACAAUCCCAAGAGCUUCAAGCCUUAUGUCAAGUGCGAGCUGCAUGUGGAAAAGCACGAGGAACGCAGUGAUGAGCCAAUCCCCGGAGGUGGGAAAAGCAAAGGCGGCGGCGACUACAAACGACGCACGAAGACAACAAAGACCCCCGACCCGGAUUUCCAGAGGGAGACUAUUCGUUUCUCAAACGUGAGAGGGGUGACGGAAGAGCUGACAUUUGUGCGACUCAAAGUCAUGGACGACGAGCACUUCAACGACGAUCUCGCUGCAUGGGCCUGCUUCCGCCUCGACCGCUUCCAGCCUGGCCUGCGCAUGAUCCACUUGUACGAUGCACAUGGGGUCCUGACCAAGGGCGUGUUGUUUGUGAGAAUCGAGAAGAGUGUCAGUGCCUAAUAAGCAGCUACACGCACAUCGUUCACCCGAGCCACGGAGCCUUCCCUCU